AAAUCUAAAUUCUAAAAUCCCUAAAACCCUAGCGACCAGAAGAACGACAAAGGGACUCCGCCAAACACUCCGACGACGCUGCGAAUCUACGAAUUGGGUAAGGAUGUUGAAGUUGCAUCUUUCAAUAAUUUGAGUUUGGGUGCAAUGACAGAUUGUAUUAGCUAGUAGUUGGAUGAAUGCACAUUGUUGAAAGGUCGACCUCAAUUCCAGUCAAUCGUGUUGAAAACAUCUAUAUGGCAGUGGCAGGAGAAGACAGAAUUAGUGAGCUCCCUGUGGGUAUACUUGACAAUAUUUUGGGAUUUUUGCCGAUUCAAGAAGCUGCUAGAACUGUGAUUUUAUCUUCUUCCUGGAAGGAUAUUUGGUUUAGUCUGACAAAGCUCAACCUUGGUUAUGGUUUCUUUGAUUACCUAUGUCUUAAAUAUUCCGGUGCUGAAGGUCUGAAUUCGGAAUCUCCUAUUUUUGAUGUAAUCAACAAAAUUCUCAUGCGGCACAAUGGACCUAUUCACAAAAUUGUCUUCGAAUUUUCUGGAGAAGUAUUGGAAUUCAUUUCCUCUGAAGAAUUUGAUUUUGAGGAUAUAGCAAAUUUGAUUUCGGACAACUUGAACCGGUGGUUUCUUCUUCUCACCCAGAAUGGUGUUGAAGAAAUUGGCAUUUCUUAUUAUAUGGAUAUAGAAGUAAGAUGCAGGGUGCCGAAUUGCAUAUUUUCUUGCCCAACACGGAAGAGAUUGAAACUUGAUAAUGUCUCUGUUGAACUAAUUAAUGCAUAUUGUGUACUUCCGAAUGUUACAUCACUUUUUCUUCAGUAUGUUGACUUUAAGCCUAGUACUUGUUCGGAUUAUGUUGUUUAUCUUCCUAUACUAGAGGGUCUCACAUUUGUCAAAUGCUAUAAGAUAUUUUAUUUUAACAUUGUUGCACCAAAACUUGGUAGUUUGGAAAUCAUCCUGCCCUGUUGUGAUUAUUGCAAAGAAUUUGGUGUUCUGCCGCCUAACUUGGACUUGAGAUCUAUAUCAAGUCUUAAUUUGGAGUGUUCCACUUGUUGCUUUGAGGUGUUUAUUGAAGAACUUAAUAGAGUAGGACAACCGUUUGCACUAAACGUUGAACGCCUCAAGCUAUGUAUAUCAAGCGAUAAUAUCUGUUUGCCAGAUAUUAUAAAUAGUUCUGCAUUCAUACAUCUGUUGCGAGUAUGCCCAAAAUUAUGCGAACUUGAUAUAUGUGAUCAACUUGAUAUAUAUGAUGUAGAGUUUUUGAGGUUAAAUCGAAAGGAUUUUGUGCUUAUGGAGGAACUCAGCAGUGUGGCUCGAACACUGAAAAUGCUUCACACUUUGAAGUUUAGCUAUUUUCAUGGGUUGGGGUCUGAAAUGCAAUGUAUUAAGGUGUUACUUUCUUGCUUUCCAGUAAUUGAGAAGGUUGUUAUUGUUCGAGGUUGGAUUCACUCUGAUGAAGAAUUUAAAAUUACGCAGGAACUUUUACGUUUCCCUCGCGCCUCUGAAAAAGUAGAAAUUUUUUACAUAUUGGAAUAUUAGUUUUAUGUUGUUUCCUUAGUACGUAAGUUCUGUAUUGUGUAAUGGUUUGUGAGAUUGCUUAUUAGGUUUGAAUGUACUAUCACAAUUGCAGUUGGGUUUAAGGUGAAUUAAUUGUUUGUUCCCGUAUUAUAUUAA